GUAGACGGUGAUUUGUACGUUGCGUUAUAUUUGGGCAUGGAAAGCGUAGAUGAGUUUCACCAGCUGAACCUCGACCAGAGAAUCUUGAAGGCUAUUUCUGAUUUGAACUGGAUAAAACCUACUGAUAUACAGCAGGUCGUUAUACCGCUGGUUUUCGCCAAAAAGUGUUUGAUAGUUCACGCGAAAACAGGAUCUGGAAAGACUGCUGCAUUUGCGAUUCCGAUUCUAAAUGACCUUUUGCAGGAGAAACAGUUUGCUUUGUGCCAAUCCACUUCAGUCGUUGUUCUUGCUCCAACAAAAGAGUUAUGUUCGCAAGUUGCCAGUAAUAUCAAAUGCCUUUGUAAAUAUGCUGCGAAAAGUAUUUCAUCGGUUGACAUAUCGACUGGUCAUGACAUUGAUCAAAUAAAGUAAAUCAAUUCAUAGACAUGUGUUCGUAUAGGCCUCUCAUAUUAGAGAACCCUGAUAUAAUUAUCGGAACACCGUCUAGACUAAUGAAAGUCUUACGUUCAGGCAUCCUAUCACUGAAGGACCUACGGUGCAUCGUCGUAGACGAGGCUGACCUUAUAUUUACAUUUGGUUAUGAAGCUGAGAUACGUGAUCUGAGAUCUUAUCUUCCUCCGAAGGUUCAAGCCAUUUUGAUGUCUGCUACUCUGGAUGACACAUCUAAAGUCAUAAGACGGUAUUUGGUGAAAAAUGCUGACUGGGUUCGUGUAGAGUUACCCGAUGAAGCUUUUUUACCAGGAGACAGCCAACUAACACAAUAUAUUAUCAGUGCUGAAGACGAGGACAAAUAUGCCAUUUUAAUUGCUUUAUUCAAAUUGAGGAUAGUUCGUGGAAAAACACUGAUUUUCACCAACUCUGUUGACCGAUGUUACAAGCUUCGUUUAUUUUUGGAAGAGUUUGGAAUUAGAGCAGCACUGUUAAAUUCAGAGCUACCAGUCAAGUCACGUUCUCAUGUUAUCGAUCAGUUUAACAGAGGGCUAUACGACUAUUUAUUAGCGACAGAUGAGUCGCAAGCAGAUUAUAGUACUUCAAAUAAUGAAGGUGGUAAAAAGUCAUUAAAAAAAUCACGGUGUCGUGAUGUUGAAUAUGGUGUAUCUAGAGGGAUCGAUUUUCAAUUGGUCAGUAAUGUAAUCAAUUUCGACUUUCCACCAACACCUAUCCUUUAUGUACAUCGCGUCGGACGGACAGCUCGAGCUGAUCAAAUGGGAACUGCUCUUUCAUUUGUCAGUAAAUUGGAAGAAAGUCGUUUAGCUGAUGUUGAAGCGUUACUAAAUCCGGCUGGUGCAGCUGCUGCAGUAAAAUCAGGUGUAGCCAGCGAGAAAAAAGAUUUUGCUUCGUCUAUCUUCAGACCUUAUCAGUUUCGUCUUUCUGAAGUAGAUGGUUUCAGAUACAGAGCAGCUGAUGUGAUGCGCCAUAUAACUCGUAAAGUUGUAAGAGAAGCACGUUUGAAAGAAAUCAAACUUGAACUACUAAAUUCUGAACGUUUGAAAGGUUACUUUCAAGAUCAUAUACCCGAUUUAGAGGCGCUUCGUCAUGACAAACCACUCAAACAUGUUGCUCAACCACAUCUCAAAGAUGUACCAGAUUAUCUAGUUCCUCAAUCCUUAAAAGCUCUUAUGCCAGGCAGCUGUCAUAGUCGAAAAGCUACGCAAAGAUGGAAAAGAAGAAAUUUACACACUGAUGAUAAAUCUAACACUUCAUUUGUUGAUCUUAAAAAGCGUUUACAAAUUAAACAUAAACAAGCUAAAAAACGUAAAUCUCAAAACCCAUUAUUUUCAUUUGGACGAAAAAAAUCUAAAGUUGGCUAACGCAUUUAAUGACUUUUCAAUAAUUAUUCAAUGAAUAGGAAAAAAAAACACAGAAAAGAAGCCGCUAUUUGUAUUGUGAAUCAAUUGUUUCAUUAUUCUAAAGAAUCAAAUUAUUUGACAUUACUGUGUAAUUGUUAUUACUUUUACUAGUAUGUAUGAUUGUAAAUAAUUAUUGAUGCAUAAUCA